AUGACAACUCUACCAGAAAUGAAUGAGAAAGGUUACGAUGAAAGUGAUCACACUCUAAAAUUUGUGAAAGGAAAAGAUGAAAUCACAGGAGACUAUGAUCCCAAUGUUUUGCUGGCAGAAAUGUCCUGCAAACAUGCAGUAGAUCCAAACUCUCUGACUGCAUGGUGUCGAAGCCUUCUGGAUCGGGAUCAGUACAAAUUCCACUGCCCAGCGGUGAAAGCUGAUGGACAGGCAUGCGGACAGGAAUGGCCCUACCAUGAAGUUCGCAAGCUGGCAGUACUGACCAGAGAGGAGCAGCUGCAUUUUGAGGAAACAGUUGCUGUACUGGCUGCAGCUGAGUACUGUGAAUACAAAUCAUGUCCUGGAUGUGGAACAUAUGUUGAACGCACAGACCUGAGUAACUUGAGUGUCCGCUGCACUAUCUGUACUGCAGAAAAGGGGAAUGUUUACGAGUUCUGUUGGCAGUGCCUGAAACCAUGGAAGGGACGUGUCCCACGUUCUGACCGAUGUGAUAAUGAAGGGUGCACCAAUUUGGAACUGGACACACUACGCACUUGCCCAUUAGUCAACCUCUUAGGUACUGUAGUGAAGAAUUGCCCUUCCAUUCGAGCCUGCCCAACAUGUGGUAAGCUGCUCGAACACAACCAAACGGGAUGUAAAAACAUUAUCUGUUCGAGGUGCCAAGUUGAAUUUUGCUUUAUCUGUCUGGAGCUGACGAAAGUAUGCCAGGUAAAAAAACCAAAUUCGUGGCAUGCUCUCUGUGCUCAACCAAUUGCACCAAGGCAAACUUCAAUCCCAACGUGGAAUCGAAAUCCUUCUCAAAGAAUACAUUCCACAGAAAACGUGGCACAAGAUUCCACUUGUAUAUUGAUAUAA